UCUGGGGAGGCUGGGGCUGGGGAGGGAUCAGACCCAGGGCACGGUGCCUGGGGUGGUGUUUCUCUACAAGCAGCCUGUUUCUGGAUGUGCUUUCCCACCCUCUUCCUGCCCGCAGGUGCUCAAGGGGAAGCGGGACAGCACGGCCCCGCACGUCUGCGCGGUGGCACAGCGAGCGUACAGGACCCUGCUGCUGCGGCGGCAGGACCAGGCCAUCGUGCCCAUGGGCCGCAGCGGGGCCGGGAAGACCAUGAGCUGCCAGAGUGCGCUGGAGUACCUGGUGGGCAUGGCGGGCAGUGCUGGCGCUGGUUUUGCAGUGGAGAAGAUCCAGGCCAUGUUCACGGUGCUGCGAGCCUUUGGCUCAGUGACCACUGGCCACAGCGGCAGCUCCACGCGCUUCUCCAUGCUCCUGUCGCUGGAUUUCAGCGCCACCGGCCGGAUCACCGCUGCUCACCUUCAGACCAUGCUGCUGGAGAGGAUCCGCGUUGCCCAACAGCCCCAUGGCGAGAGCAACUUCAACGUCUUCCCCCUGAUGCUGGCGGGGCUGGAUGCGGCGCAGAGGACAACGCUGCACUUGCACCAGGCAGCUGAGGGCAACACCUUUGGGAUCAAACCCUUUGCGAAGCCCGAGGAGAAGCAGAAAGCCUCGGCGGCCUUCGCCCAGCUGCGGGCGGCCAUGGGCACGCUGGGCAUGGCGGCGGAGGAGCAGGCGGCCAUAUGGCGCGUCCUGGCCGGCAUCUACCACCUGGGAGCCGCCGGGGCCUGUAAAGUGGGCAGGAAGCAAUUCAUGAAAUUCGACUGUGCGAGCGCGGCGGCGGAGGUGCUGGGCUGCGAGCUGGAGGAGCUGACCACAGCCGUCUUCAAGCACCACCUGAAGCAGAUCCUGGCCCAGGCGACGGCGCGGGGCCGGCGCCAAAAUUAAUGACAUGACUUUGCCUGCUCUUCUCUGACCGUGCUAGGGCCAAAGAUGUCAGGAGUGGAGUGUGUGGAGGGGAUGGCUUCAGGUCUCUAUGAAGAGCUCUUUGCUGCGGUCGUCUCACUUAUCAACAGGUCCUUCUCCUCCCAGCACCUCUCCAUGGCGUCCAUCACCGUGGUGGACACCCCUGGCUUUCACAACCCCCGGCAUCAGCGUGGCGAGCGAGCGGCCACUUUUGAGGAGCUCUGCCGCAACUACGUGCAGGAGCGGCUGCAGGCUCUCUUCUACGAGAAAACCUUCGUUUUGGAAAUGGAGAGGUACAGAGAGGAAAAUGUUGAGGUGUCUUUUGAUCUUCCAGAGCGCUCGCCCCUGGCCACGCUGUCCAUCGUCGACCUGAGCCCCUCACAGGUGCUGCCCCCAGGCCCGGGGUCCGACCGCAGGGGGCUGCUGUGGAUCCUGGACGAGGAGGUGCUGAUCCCGGGCUCCAGGGACAGCGCUGCCUUCGAUCGCCUCUGCUCUUAUUUUGCCACCAAGGGCCCUGAGCAGGAGGGUAAGUUUGGGUCAGCUCAGCUGCCCAUCGUGCGGAGGUGUGAGCAGGAGCUGCACUUCGAGAUCUCCCACCAGCUGGGCACUGACCCCGUGCGCUACGACCUGGCGGGCUGGGUCAGCAAAGCCAAGCUCAACCUCUCGGCGGAAAACGCCAUCCAGGUGCUGCAGCGGUCCAGGGUGGAUGCGGUGAAGGAGCUGGUGUGGGCGCGCUCGCAGGCGCCGCUGCCCUGCCGCGCUGUGGCUGGGCUGGAGGGCCGUUCUCAGACUGCCCUGCACCGCAACGGCUGUGUCAGGAAGACCUUUGCCAGCAGCAUCGCUGCUGUGAAGAGGAGAUCGGUGUGUGCCCAGCUCAAACUGCAGGCGGAUGCACUCAUCAACCUGCUCCGGCGAUCCCAGCUCCACUUCAUCCACUGCCUCGUCCCAGGACCCGGGAUGGAGGGUUUGGAGGGGCCAGGCCCUCACCCCCCUGCGCCGCCCGAUGCAGCCCCACAGCUGGACCUGCCCACCCUGCGAGCACAGCUGGAGGGGACCCAGCUCCUGGAUGCCCUGCGGCUCUACCGCAUUGGGUACGCGGAUCGCCUGCUCCUCACCCAGUUCCGACGCCGCUUCCAGGUCCUGGCUCCAGAUGUGAUGAAGAAAUUCACCUCUGCCUAUGAGGUGCCGGACGAGAGCAAGGCCAUAGAGGAGCUCUUCCAGGCGCUGGAUCUGGAGAAGAGGAGCAUGGCCAUAGGACGCAGCCAGGUUUUCCUGAAGCCAGGGGUCAUCUCCAGACUGGAGAAGCAGCGGGACAAGCUGAUAACCCAGAAGAUGAUCCUGCUCCAAGCAGCUUGCAAGGGCUUCCUCAGUCGUCAGAAGUUCAAGAGGCUGAAGAUCCAGCGCCUCGCUGUCCGCUGCAUCCAGAAGAACCUGGUGGUCUUCCAGGCCGUCAGGCACUGGUCCUGGUGGCAGCUGCUGAGCCGCGUCCGGCCCUUGCUCAGCGUUAACCUCGCUGAGGAGCAGCUCCGUGCUAAAGAAGAGGAGCUGGCGGCGCUGAGACGGAAGCUGGAGAAAUCGGAGCAGGCGUGCGGGGAGCUGAGGCAGAAUGCAGAGAGGCUGGAGAGCAAGAUCAUUGACCUGACGACGGAGCUGUCGGACGAGCGGUACAAGGGUGACAUCACCUGCCAGGCCCUGGACGGGGAGCGGGCAGAGAGGCUGCGGGGCGCCCGCGAGCUGCAGGAGCUGCAGAGCAAACAUGAGCAAGUGCAGAAGAAACUGGAGUUGGUGGAAAAGCAGCUGGAGGAGGCCCAGCAGCUGGUGCAGCUGCGUGAGAUGAAGAUCAGUGGCUCUGGAGGAGAGGAUGAUUGGCAAACACGCUUCGAGUGCGCGCAGACGGAGAUCGCCUUCCUGCGGAAGCGGCUGGGGGGGGCGGGGGGGGGGCUGCGGAAGCGGCUGGCGCAGCUGGAGGAGCGACUGGAGUCCGAGCUGAGCGCCAGGACCGGGCUCGAGGAAAAGCUCGGCGCGGCACAGGCAGCAUGCGAGGCAGCCAAACCAGCCAAGAAGGCGUCCCAGCAGCUGCGGCGGCGCUGCGGGCGGCUGGCCUGCGAGCUGGAGGAUGCACGGGUGCUUGCCGACAGCCAGCAGAGCCGCAGUCACGAGCUGGAGAAGAGGCAGAAGAAGUAA